AUGCCGACCGCGGCGCCACCGCCGCCAGCGGUGCCCAACCACACGUCGCUGCCGCAGCGGCCGCCAGAGAAGGCGCCGCCAGAGAAGGCGCCGCCGGAGAAGGCACCGCCGGGGCCGCGGCCGGCGCCAGAGGCGAGGGCAAGUGGCGAGGCGCCGGUGCGGAAGAAGGCACCCCCUUCCAUGCUGACGACGAAGGCGCCGCCAGCCUUUGGAGGAGAAUUUGACACGACGACGCGAAGCGUGCUGCAGGCUCCCCCUGCAGUCGGAGCGGCGUCCGCGGGGUGGACUCGGAGUCCCAUCAACGAGGCGACCAUGACGAGCCGCAAGGCGCCCGUGCCGGCGGUGCCGCCGCUGGCGUCUGCUUCAGGCGCAGCGCCCUCAGAUGCUGAGUUGUUGGGCGACACUGGCAUCGAAGUCGUCGACGUCUGA